AUGUCUUUAAUGGAAACUAUACUUUCACGAUUCCGCAACAUUCGCUCUUCGUCGUCGCCCAGAAACACCUUCUCACAAGACAUAUUCAAUGAUCUUAACCUUACAAGACCACGUAGACACUUGGAUUGGAUCGAUCUACCCGCUCAAUACGAAGAGUCUGGUGUGACACUCGACAUUGUGUCUACUGGGGAUUUAUCGUUUUCGGGAGAAGAUUUCGACAGUCUCGAGGAUAUAGAAGUUAUUGAACCAGAGUCUGUCCCAUUACUUUCAAUCGAAGAACUUCGUAGGAACCCCAAUUUGAAUGGGCAGAAGCGUCAUGCUCUUCUAGGCAGUGAGAAUGGCACAAUGAAAUUCAUUGUGGUUGAGAUUAGGAAGUGUUACCGCGAUCGAACUAGAGCUAUCAAGGAUAUUCUGCCCCCGAUCAAUCCUGCGACAUUAGACUUUGACCAAUGCGGUAUCUGUAUUGAGCCAUACGCUGAGGCUACUAUUCCCUUUGAACCUAAUCAUGAGCCUUCAAAGAUGCCAAAAUGUGGACAUGUAUUUGGUAGGGAUUGUAUCGUUGAAUGGUUGAAAAAUCACGAUACAUGCCCCUUGUGUCGGGAUGAAUUGUCCCUUCCAGUUGCAUAUAGGUUACGUGUAAAGAUCGAUGAGAAUUAG